AUGAUGAAGGGCCUUUUUUCCAUUGAGUGGUUGUCCCAAAGCAGCCAGGCCACAUGUAGCCCGGCAUCAGCAACACAUCCUUCAAACUCUUGGGUCUCCUCUGGCCAGGACGGGCCCAGCACAUCUGGCACUGCUUCUGAGAGCCUCCCUGGCUUCUACAGCAGAUGGAGACCAGAAAACAGGGAAAAUCAGGAAAAACAUACGGAGCCAGUGCAGCAAGGUAACAGUUCUUUGAGGUCAUCUAAGCAAGACACAAUCAACAGCAAUAUCAUCCAGCAACACACUCACGCAUCAGAGCAAGGUUUCAGUAGCAGCACGGAGGAGGAAGAGACGUCAGGGUACGAGAGUGAAGGGGGGCGCUCUCUCUCACCUGGGGCCCCCAAGGACCCAGCUCCAUCUGUAUCGCCCUCUACUGGGCGCAGGCCCCGAACGGCGUUCACCGCCGAGCAGAUCAGCAGUCUGGAGAAGGCCUUCAAAAGAAAUGCUUAUCUCGGAGCCCAAGAUAAGGCAGAGCUAUGCAAAACACUAAAUCUGUCUGAUAAACAGAUUAGAAACUGGUUCCAGAACCGCCGCAUGAAGCUGAAAAGAACCGUUCAAGACAGCUUGGCUCACGCAUGCCAGGCGAAGGUCGCAUCCCAUAUGAUGCAUUACUCUGACCUGCACUGUUACCGACCCCCUCUGUAUCCCAGCUACUACUCAGGAAUGCAGGAGAGCCCGGCACCUUACGGCCAGUGCCCCCCAGCAUUCCACUACAGUCCGGCAGCAGCAGGAAGCAUCCCGACCCUGCCCGUGGAGGCCUUGUACACCUACAGCACCCAACAGAACCUGCCAGUGCACCCUUGCAACACUUCCAUGAUGGCACCAUACCAGCCUUGCCACUCUCAGUAUUACAACACACAGUGAGAAUACAGAAUGCCAACAAAGCAUUCCCCAGAUAGCACACAUACAUUUCCAAGAUGUCUGUUUUUAGAUCUUUUAAUCUGGAAAGCAUCACCAUCUAAUGAACAUUUGCUAAACAUCCUAAAAUAUAAACAUCUCAGAGACAUCUGCUGAAUGUCUUAUUUACAUUCGAGAGGAAAUGUCUUAUAGACGCAAUGCAGAUGAGCAAACUACGUAAAAAAAAAAGUAAAAAAAAACGUCUUCCAAAUGUAAACACAUCAAAUAGAUGUCUGGGUGAUGCACAUGUGCUAUCAUGGUAAUUUCAUUGCCUUUUCGUUGGCAUUGUUUACAAUUAUGAAUACAGGUGGAAGUG